CACAAGUCUGAUAACGUCACUGCCCAAACGUUUAAGGACACAUGCAAUUCUUUGUCUAUUGCUGUUUUGAAGUUCGUCCUCAGUGCAGGUCAACAGUGUCAAAACAGCUUCAAGAGCCAUGGCUGCGUUCCUCCAUCACUGCCCCUUCCUGAAAUCGGUCCCGAAGCCUGCUUUAAGGACCACCGGUGCUGCCCUUCUUUCCAUGGCUGAUCAAUGUCCUAUGAUUGUCCGGCACAUGACAGUUUGUCCCUCAGUUUUCAAGGAGAGAAAAACAACUAUCCAUUCUACCCAAUCAGUAGGUCCUAUGACUCUGAGGGUGGACUCAAAGCGCCAUUUUGCCCAGUCAGCAACUCAGGUGGUUGUCUCGAUGUCCAGAGAAUGUCCCUUUGUCUCCAAAGAGAUUGGCAUGGUAAAAGCAAGCCCUGAGGUUCAAGAGGAUGUACCAACAGAGUAUAAUACAGGCAUAAGAUCUCUUUUGAAGGAAUACAAGGAGUCCAUCUCGCCAAAGGUCCAAAACCCCAUUGCGUCCCUCCUCAAGGACAACAUGGUGGGACCCAGUUUUGACUAUGAUGGGUUCUUUGAUCAGAAGAUCUUUGAGAAAAAGAAUGACCACACCUACCGCGUCUUUAAGACCGUGAAUCGGCGUGCUGACAUCUUUCCCUUUGCUGAAGACUACUCCAUCACCGGGCGGAAAGGCUCCCAAGUGUCUGUCUGGUGCAGUAACGACUAUCUGGGCAUGAGUACUCACCCCCAGGUCCUCAAGGGGAUUCAGGAUGCCCUCAAUAGGCAUGGUGCCGGUGCUGGAGGUACCAGAAACAUCUCUGGCACCAGCAACUACCAUGUGCUUUUGGAGCAAGAACUUGCAGAGCACCACCAGAAAGAUGCAGCGUUGGUGUUCUCAUCUUGCUUUGUAGCCAAUGACUCCACCCUCUUCACCUUGGCUAAAAUGCUGCCCGGCUGUGAGAUCUACUCUGACAUGGGAAACCAUGCUUCAAUGAUCCAAGGCAUAAGGAACAGUGGUGCCAAGCGUUUCAUCUUCCGUCAUAAUGACAGUCAACAUCUGGAGGAACUACUGAGUCGCUCUGACCCCAAGACCCCCAAAAUUGUUGCCUUUGAGACUGUGCACUCUAUGAACGGUGCUAUAUGUCCCCUGGAAAGGCUGUGUGAUGUGGCCCAUCGUUAUGGAGCCUUAACGUUUGUUGAUGAGGUCCAUGCUGUGGGCCUGUAUGGAGCCCAUGGGGCUGGUGUGGGGGAGAGAGACCACAUCAUGCAUAAGAUUGACAUUGUCUCUGGGACCUUAGGUAAAGCCUUUGGCUGCGUAGGGGGCUACAUUGCCAGUAGCGCCGCCUUAGUGGACACAGUACGCUCCUACGCUGCAGGCUUUAUCUUCACUACUUCGCUGCCCCCAAUGGUCCUGGCUGGGGCCCUGGAGUCAUUGAGGGUCCUGAGGAACUCUGAAGGCCAGGCGCUGCGCAGGGCCCAUCAAAGGAAUGUCAAAUACAUGAGACAGCUGCUCCUGGACAAAGGACUACCAGUGGUCAACUGUCCUAGCCACAUCAUCCCAAUAAAGGUUGGUAACGCAGAGCUCAACUCCAAGGUGUGUGACCUCUUGCUAAAGAAACAUAACAUCUACGUCCAGGCGAUCAACUACCCAACAGUAGCCCGUGGUGAGGAGCUGCUGCGCCUGGCACCCUCCCCUCACCACAACCCAGCAAUGAUGGAGUACUUUGUGGAGCGGCUCUUAGAGGUGUGGCAAGAAACAGGGCUCCUUCUGAACGGGCCAGCGACUGUCUCCUGUACGUUCUGUGACCGCCCACUGCACUUUGACCUGAUGAGUGAGUGGGAAAAGUCCUACUUUGGCAACAUGGAGCCUCAAUACAUCACUGUGUCCACACUGCACAAAACCAGAGAAAGGUGUCCAUAAACAUACAUCCUUCUCUGUGUUUAUGUAAAGAUAAUUCAUUACACAUUAUCAUCACUGUUAGUUUAUAACAUGGUUCAUUCAAACAUCAUGCAUGUUAUGCAGACUACACAUUCUAAUCUUGUUAUUUCAUUCAGUAUUUAUCUUCAGUGUUUAGUGUUUCUAAAGUUACUCACUAUCAACUAAAAUAUAUAUGAAUACAGCAUAAUUGGUAAAUAAAAUGUGUGGCCCUAUCCCCCUUUGAUAUAGUGACUUAAAACAUAAAUCCUGCACAUGGGCACUUUCUAAAAUAAUUUAUAAUCUCAGGGUGAUAUUUUAGAUUGUAUAGACUUAUGUAUACAUUUUCAUGUGCUUUGGUCUAAUAUUAAAAUCCCCAAUCAUCAGUUCUCUCAUAACAUAAUUGAAGCUGAAAAAAACUGAAGAGAAUUUAUAUUCAACAUUUAACAAAUUAAAUGUGAAAAAUGGAAUGAAGUAAAAUCAACAUUGUGGUGUGUAAAUUGCAUCUUUAAAAGAAUCUGUCUCACUAGUUACAGUAUGUAAUAAAAUAAGUACAUUUGA